CUUUUCUCCUCUAAACCUCGAACACGUUAUACAGCUUCACUGAUCCAUCAGCUCGACGUGCUGUUCAGAUAUUGAACAUGAGGCCAAUUUUAUUACAAGGUCACGAACGAUCCCUCACUCAAAUCAAGUUCAAUGCAGAAGGGGACUUGCUGUUCUCAUGCUCAAAAGACCAUAUCAUCAACGUUUGGUUCUCACAUAACGGUGAACGCCUAGGUACAUACGAGGGCCACAAUGGCACAGUGUGGACGAUCGACGUUGAUUCACAAUCAAGAUUUCUUGUCUCUGGAUCCGCUGACAAUGAGCUGCGUCUAUGGAACGUAUCCGACGGCAAAUGCCUUUAUGUUUGGGAGUUCCCGACGGCUGUGAAACGUGUAUCAUUUAGCGACGAUGACGAACGUGUCGUAUGCAUUACUGAGCAACGCAUGGGCUUUCAAGGUGCCAUACGAGUGUUCAAGUUGAACCGUGAUGGAGAUGGAACGGCUCAAUCACUGGAACCAGAACAUAUGUUCAAUCCCAUAGGGUCCAAGGCCACUGUUUGCGCGUUCGCACACACACCAAACCUGGUCUUAACCGGUCACGAGUCUGGAAAAGUCGCUCUUUUUGACAUCGUUACUGGGACAGAAGUUCUCAAUAACGAACGUGCGCAUAUGGAUGUUGUCACCGAUUUGCAAUUAUCCCCCGAUCGCAGCUACUUCGUAACAAGUAGCAAAGACAAAACUGCUCGGAUACAUGACACAAAAACUCUCCGAGUACUGAAAACCUUUACGACGGAGACACCUUUGAACAGUGCAUCACUAGCACCCAACAAACCAUACGUUCUUGUGGGGGGUGGUCAGGAAGCCAUGCAGGUCACAACUACGUCGCUGCGGCAAGGCAAAUUUGAGACCCGGUUUUGGCAUAAGGUCUUUGAAGAGGAGGUUGGCAGAGUAAAGGGUCAUUUCGGACCCAUCAACACGCUUGCUGUUCAUCCCGCUGGCACGAGCUAUGCUUCCGGAGGAGAAGAUGGGUUUGUACGGGUUCAUCACUUCGAUGAGUCUUACUUCAGAGCAAAGCCGUAUGGAGAUCUCGAGAUCGAGGAUUGAAUACGUAUUGCCACUUGCGCGACAUUCUGCUGCUUACUAUGACCUAGUAAAACGAUUCCAUUGCGUAUCCGGGGUGACUCUAGGAUUUACUGACAUGUGCGCUGUGAAGUAAGUUAUCGGUUCCUGCAUGAUUGGCGCGGGAUCACGUUCGUCCAGAGUGUAAGGGAAUGAGAAGGCCAUGGAUGUCAACAGUUGCUGUCUGGAACUCCCCUCUGGUGAAAACUUGACCUCGCUUCAGAUCAUAAUCGACUUUCUCGCCAUC